CGCCGCUUCUCCCUCCUCGUCUCCUUUGUCGUUUCAUCAUUCAGGUAGUGAAGCCUCGGAUUGAAACCCCUAGACUAGAUAGCCUCCUCCGCCGCCAUCCCUCCUUCCCCUCCCGGGCCGGCCCAAGCUACCGAUAUGGAGGAGGAGCUCGGAGAAGCCAUCAUCCUUGGCCCCGCCGCUGCAUUACGUUUACAGGACCGCGACGACGACGAGCAGCAGCCGCAGCCGGUGUACUGCGCCGUGGGGGGGAUCGCCGGCAAGGAAGAAUGGAAGGCCAACCUGCAGUGGGUGCUCGCCAACGUCCCCCGGAGCAAGCGCCUCGUCCUCGCGCACCUGCGACGACCGCCCUCCCGGAUCAACAUGAUGGGGGCGUGGGUCCCAGUGAGCCAGCUUGCGGAGGAGGAGGUGACCGCGUUCAGGCAGCUGGAGGAGGACAAGAUCGGCAAAGUCUUGGACGACCUCCUGGACAUUUGCAAAAGUCAAAAGGUCAAUGCGAGCAAGAUCAUCGUCGCCAGCGACGAUACAGCCAGGGGCCUUGUACAGCUGGUUGAUGAUCAUGGGGUCACCGAGCUCGUCAUGGGCGCUGCAUCUGAUCGGGCCUACACCAGGAAGAUGCGGGCGCCAAGGUCUAAGAAAGCACUGACGGUGCAGCGGAAGGCGAAUCCCUCUUGCAAGAUCUGGUUUGUCUGCAAGGGAAACCUUAUCUGCACCAGGGAGGCCAGCGAGGGAGCAAACAGAGCAGAAUCAUCCACAGCUAGCACGAGCCCCAGGUCAAGCACUUCUGACUACUCAAGAUCGAAAUCCUCACCGCGCCUGCACCGCAAGACAUUCAGCACGCAAGAAUCAAACGACCCGGCAACAGCAUCAGUUGAUGAGACUCCUACAAGCAGGUGGGUCGAUGCGAUGGAUCACACCAUGGAGGGGUCGGCUUCAGUGUCUGAAAUUGUGGAGUCCGGAGAGGAACCAGCCGCUGAGCAGUUGCUGCACGCCGAGGUCGAAGAGGAUCAGGAAGCACCUUCGCCUGAUGGUUCGGAUGCCGGUGGGAUGAUGGAUGACGCCUUGUAUGAGAAACUCAAGGAUGCGCUCAUGGAGGCCGAGAACCUCAGGCAUGAGGCGUACGAAGAGACUCGCCGGCGUCAGAUGGCCGAGCGCGAGCUCGCCGAAGCGUCCAGGAUGGCCGAUGACGCAGAGAGCUCGUACCGGCGAGAGGCGAAGCACCGCAAGGAAAUGGAGGAAAUGCUGGCGAGAGAGCGCGCGGCGAUGGAGCAGGACAGGCGAGAGCUCAACGACAUACUGGACAAGAUACGCCAGGUCGACGACCGAAGUGCCGAGCUGGAGCUCCAGAUCUCAAGCUCGGAGCGCAUGAUGAGCGACCUCGAGGCCAGGCUCUCGGAGUCUUACAGCCUCCUCGAGACGCUCCAGCCAACGACGGCGGCGGCGAGGGAGGAAACCGAGGGAGCUCAUGACGGUGGGCAGGGAGCGAGCUUCUUGCGGCUCGGUUACUCGGAGUUGGACGAGGCCACCACGCACUUCGACGAGUCUGCAAGGGUUGACGGCGGCGGCGACGGUGGGCGGGGCAAAGUCUACCGAGGGGAGCUGCGCAACAUGGCCGUCGCCGUGAAGGUGCUCCGCCGCGACGUGGCCGUGGACGAGGCCCGGUUCGCCCGUGAGGUGGGAAGGAUCAGCGGCGUGAGGCACCCCAACCUGGUGACGCUCGUCGGCGCGUGCCCGGAGGCGCGCGCCGUCGCGUACGAGCUCGUCCCGGGCGGGAGCCUGGAGGACCACCUCUGCAGGGGCGCCCUGCCGUGGCGCGAGCGCUGCGGCAUCGCCUACGGGGCCUGCUCCGCGCUGGCCUUCCUCCACUCCGCCUCCACGGCGGUGCAUGGCGACGUCAGGCCGGCGAACAUUCUCGUGGUAGGGUCGUUGUCGUCGUCGUGCAAGCUGGCGGGGCUCGGCACGCGCGGGCUGGUGCGCCCCGGCUGCGCGGAGGCGCUGGCGUACGCGGACCCGCACUACCUGGCGACGGGGGAGCUGAGCCCGCAGUGCGACGUGCACGCGCUGGGCGUGGUCCUCCUCCGGCUGGUGACCGGGAUGCCGGCGUUCCUGGCCAGGAAGGCGGCGCGGGAGGCCGCGCGCGGCGGCAAGGCGUGGCACGAGGUGGUGGACGCUGGCGCGGGCUGGCCGGCGGAGCGCGGGCGGGAGGUGGCGCUGCUGGGGCUGAGAUGCUGCGGCGACAACGUGGGAGUGUCCCCCCACGAGGUGCUGGAGGAGGCCCGGGGCGUGCUGGAGGCCGCGUCGACUGCUAGCGGCGACGGCGCGCCGGGCAGGUUGCUGUCGGACGACGGCGCGGCGCCGUCCUACUUCGUGUGCCCAAUACUGAAGGAGGUGAUGCGGGACCCGCAGAUCGCAGGCGACGGGUUCACGUACGAGGCAGAGGCGAUCAAGGAGUGGCUGGGCAGCGGGCACGACACGUCGCCGAUGACCAACCUGAAGCUCCCCACGCAGAAGCUGCUCCCAAACCACGCGCUGCGCGACGCCAUCCACCACUGGCGUGCCAUGCACUACUAGUACUCCUCCUCCUCCUACACACACACACACCAUACACAGCUUUCUUUUAUCUUUUCUUUUUGUUGUGCAAAUUAAUGUUUCCGGUUGUCUGAGUGUGUGAGAUUUUUGGCAUGUGCUACGUGCACUGUGCUGUACAGUUGUUAAAACA